GAAAUAACAGAAAGGACAACAGUGUGCUUUGCGCACACCGCUGUAGUUUUCUAAAAACAUUGCGGUUUUAAUUUCUACAUGGCUACCUGGUUGUCAGCGUGAAGACAAACAUGCUGAAAUUCAAGUACGUGAGUCAGGGAAACCUGAAAACACUCGGUUCCGCUGCCGACCCCAUCACCAGCCGCAGUUUGAGACUUAACCAGGUGUUUCAGGGAAGAGUGAGCUUAUGUGGGCAGCAGGGAGGACGGGAGGACCUUCUGGAGGCCCUUCUGCUUCUCUAUCAGGAGUGCAGCUCCCCAGAGCUCAUGAAAAUACAUCAUGUUGCAAAGUUUGUCAAUAAAUUUUCUGAAACGGUCUCAGAGCUGCGUGCUCUGCAGCCAGGAAAUCAGGACUUUGAGGUCCGUGCUGUGGUGGGCCGUGGUCGCUUUGCUGAGGUUCGAGUGGUCAAAGAGAAAGCUACCGGAGAGGUGUUUGCACUUAAAGUGAUGAACAAGACGGUGCUGCGCACCCAAGAAAGUGGGGUUUUUCAUGAAGAGGAACGAAGGAUCUUGUCUCUAAACAGUAGUGCCUGGAUUCCACAGCUGGUGUAUGCCUUUCAAGAUACAGAUCAUGUCUACUUGGCUAUGGAGUACCUUCCAGGUGGUGACCUGAUGUCCCUGCUGAACCGAUACGAGGAUCAGUUUGACGAGUCAAUGGCUCAGUUUUAUUUGGCUGAGCUUGUAGAGGCCAUUCAUGCAGUCCACCAGCUGGGUUACGUCCACAGAGACAUCAAACCAGAAAACAUUCUCAUCGAUCGAACUGGUCACAUCAAGCUAGCUGAUUUUGGAUCAGCUGCUAAGUUGACUGCAAACAAAACAGUGACUGCUGCCGCAAUACCUGUUGACACCCAUGACUUCCUCUCACCUGAGGUUCUGACAGCUAUGAAUGGGGGUUCUCACGGCUCCUAUGGGGUUGAGUGUGACUGGUGGUCUCUAGGGGUUAUCGCUUAUGAAAUGAUCUAUGCCAAGUCGCCUUUUGCUGAUGCUACUUCUCCCAAGACCAUUCGCAAUAUUCUUAACUUUCAGCGUUACUUAAAGUUUCCAGAAGAGCCACGUGCCAGUAGGCAGUUUGUUGACUUGGUGCAGAGCUUGCUGUGUGGAGCCAAAGAACGUUUGGGUUUUGAGGGACUCUGCUGUCACUCUUUCUUCUCUAAUGUUGACUGGAACAACCUACGACAAGUUCUGCCGCCUUUCGUUCCUGCAUUGCAUGCUGAGGAUGACACCUCUAAUUUUGAGGAGCCGGAGCAGGCUGCCCCCUGGCCAGCCUCAGCAGCCCAGCCAGGAGCUCUGCCAGUGGGCUUUCAGGGCCAGGAUCUGCCCUUUCUAGGCUGGUUCUUUAGCAGGGCAUUAGCAGCAUUGACCAAAACUGAGUCAGUGUCUGCAGGCCUAAACUCUCCUGCUAAGACCAACUCUAUGGAAAAGAAGCUGCAUCUUAAAGGCAAAGAAUUACAAGAAACUCAAGACAAAUGCCAUAAGAUGGAGCAGGAAAUCUCCAGGUUCCAGCGUAAAAUGACUGACCUGGAGUCGGUCCUCCACCAGAAGGAUGUGGAGCUGAAAGCCUCAGAGACACAGAGAAGCAUCCUGGAGCAAGACCUCGCCACCUACAUUACUGAAUGCAGCAGCCUGAAGAGAAGCUUGGAGGAGGCGCGUGUGGAAGUCUCCAGAGAGGACGAUAAGGCCAUGCAGCUUCUGCAUGACAUAAGAGAACAGAGCAACAAGCUACAAGAGAUUAAGGAACAAGAGUACCAUGCCCAACUGGAGGAAAUGCAGGUGACCAUCAGGCAGCUGGAGGAGGACCUGUCCGCUGCUCGGCGUCGCAGCGACCUCUACGAGUCUGAGCUCAGAGACUCCAGACAAACAAGCGAGGAGCUCAAACGGAAAGCUGUGGAAUACCAGCAGAGAAUUCAAAAGGCUAAAGAACAGGGAAAGGCUGACGUGGAGGAGCUUCUCUCCAAACUUGAGAAGACAAACUCUGAACAGCAGAUGAAAAUUCAAGAACUUCAGGACAAACUGUCCAAGGUCCUGGAAACGCAGAUGAAGGCGGACCUGACAGAGAAGGAGAGCCUCGAGACGAAGAGGGCGCAGCAGGAGGAGGAGUCAAGGGAGAACUGUAAACUCAUCAGUGAACAGAAAGCAACCAUCAAUGCUAUGGAUUCCAAGAUGAAGAACCUGGAACAGCGCAUAGCUGAGCUGUCAGAGGCUAAUAAGCUGGCCGCUAACAGCAGCAUCUACACCCAGAAGAAUAUGAAAGCCCAGGAGGAGAUGAUCUCAGAACUCCGACAGCAAAAGUUUUAUUUGGAAUCUCAAGCAGGUAAGCUUGAGGCCCAGAAUGCCAAACUAGAAGAACACCUGGAGAAGAUGAGUCAGCAGGAGCAAACCAGGAGAAGCCGGCUGAUGGAGCUGGAGAGCCGGUUACGGGAGAUGGGCCUAGAACAUGAAGAAGAGAAGCUGGAGAUCAAAAGACAGGUGUCUGAGUUGACCUUGUCUUUGCAAGAGCGUGAGUCCCAGAUCAGCAGUCUGCAGGCUGCCCGCCUUGCUCUGGAGAGUCAGCUACAGCAAGCUAAGACCGAGCUGGAAGAGACUACUGCUGAGGCUGAAGAGGAGAUCACCGCACUGAGGAACCACAGAGAUGAGAUUCAGCGCAAAUUUGAUGCCUUAAGAGACAGUUGCUCAGUGAUCACUGACCUGGAGGAGCAGCUUACCCAGCUGAGUCAGGAGAACGCCGAGUUGAACCGCCAAAACUUCUACUUGUCAAAACAACUCGAUGAAGCUUCAGACGAACGGGAGGAUAAGCUGCAGCUCAGCCAGGAGGUGGACCGCCUCAGGAGGGAGGUGGCUGACCGUGAGAUGCACCUCAACAACCAGAAACAGAACAUCGAGACACUGAAGACAACAUGCAGCAUGUUGGAGGAGCAGGUGGUGGAGCUGGAGUCUCUAAACGACGAGUUGCUGGAGAAGGAGAGGCAGUGGGAGGCAUGGAGAGGUGCUCUGGAGGAUGAAAAAACUCAAGCUGAAAGACGCACCCGGGACCUGCAGAGACUCCUGGAUAAUGAGAAGCAAAACAGGCUUCGUGCGGAACAGCGCAGCACUGAGUCUCGACAGGCUGUAGAGCUGGCAGUCAAAGAGCAUAAGGCAGAGAUUCUGGCCCUACAGCAGGCUUUGAAGGAGCAAAGACUGAAGGCUGAAAGUCUUUCUGAUACUCUCAAUGAUCUGGAGAAGAAGCACGCCAUGCUAGAGAUGAACGCCCGCAGCCUACAGCAGAAACUUGAGACGGAGAGAGAACUGAAACAGAGGCUGAUGGAAGAGCAAGGAAAGCUUCAGCAGCAGAUGGACCUCCAGAAAAGUCACAUUUUCCGUCUGACUCAAGGUCUUCAGGAUGCCCUCGACCAAACGGAUAUGCUGAAAACGGAGAGGACCGAUCUGGAGUACCAGCUAGAAAAUAUACAGGCUGUAUACUCCCAUGAGAAGGUGAAGAUGGAAGGGACCAUCUCCCAACAGACCAAACUCAUCGACUUCCUGCAGGCCAAGAUGGACCAGCCCACCAAAAAAAAGAAGGGUAUAUUUGGGCGGAAGAAGGAAGAUGUCGGCACCACCACUAAUGGAGCCUUGGCUCAACAGGCUCAGCCAGCUGUUCCCAUGCAGUACGGUGACAUGAAGCUGGCUUUAGACAAGGAGCGCUCAAGAUGUUCAGAGCUAGAAGAAGCUCUGAUGAAGAUGAGGAUAGAGUUACGAACUCUUAGAGAAGAAGCGGCUCAUUUCAAAGCCCAGGAGCAUGUGGCUCCUUCCACUCCAGCCCAGGCUCGGCACCAAAUCCUCAUGUCGGCCAUCGUUAAAUCACCAGAGCAUCAACCCAACCCCAGCAGUCUACUGAACCCUUCCACUCGCUGCAAAGAGACCUCUACGCCUGAAGAGUUUGGACGUCGUGUGAAAGAAAGAAUGCAUCAUAACAUCCCUCAUCGCUUCACUGUGGGCCUCAACAUGAGGGCUGCUAAAUGUGCGGUCUGCCUGGACACUGUUCAUUUUGGACGACAGGCUGCCACUUGUUUAGAGUGCCACACCUUGUGCCACCCUAAGUGCUCACCAUGUCUACCAGCCACCUGCGGUCUGCCAGCUGAGUAUGCUACUCACUUUUCAGAGGCUUUGUGCCGAGAGAAGACCAACUCACCUGCACUACAGUUCAAAGAGGCCAGUGGGCAUGUUCGCUUGGAGGGCUGGAUGAAGCAGCCGAGAAAUGGAAAGCGUGGCCAGCAAGGCUGGGAGAGGAAAUACGUGGUUCUUGAUGGAACCAAACUGUCGAUCUACGAUAACGAGCCUAGAGAAGACUCUGUAAAGGCCGAAGAGGAGUUUGAGCUCUGUUUUCCAGAUGGAGAGGUGACUGUUCACGGGGCUGUCGGUGCCUCUGAGCUGAUCAACACUGCCAAGUCAGACAUCCCGUAUGUUUUGAAGCUGGAAUCUCAUCCCCACACCACAUGUUGGCCAGGACAGACGCUCUACUUCAUGGCUCCCAGCUUCCCCGAUAAGCAGCGCUGGGUGGCGGUGCUGGAGUCUGUUGUGGCUGGUAGCCGUGGAUCUAAAGACAGAGCUGAAGCUGAUGCUAAACUUCUGGGGAAUUCUCUGCUGAAGCUGGAGGGCGAUGAUCGUUUGGACAUUAACUGUACCCUUCCUCUCACUGAUCAGAUUGUCUUAGUCGGCUCGGAGGAGGGUUUAUAUGCUCUCAACGUCAUAAAGAACUCUUUGACCCACAUCCCUGGCUUGACCUCAGUUUUCCAGAUCCAGAUCCUAAAGGAGCUUGAUAAGCUGCUGAUGAUCACAGGGGAGGAGAGGGCUUUGUGUUUGGUGGAGAUCAAGAAGGUGAAACAGUCUUUAUCACAGUCCCAUCUCCCAGCUCAGCCGGAUCUCAAUCCCUUCAUCUUUGAGACAGUAAAGGGAUGCCACCUCUUCUCCUCUGGAAAGAUUGAUAACGGGAUCUGUAUCUGUGCUGCCAUGCCCAACAAGAUUACUAUUCUGCGAUAUAAUGAAAGCCUUAACAAGUUCUGCAUCAGGAAGGAGAUUGAGACGUCCGAGCCCUGCAGCUGUAUUCACUUCACUGGCUACAGCAUCAUUAUUGGCACCAACAAGUUCUAUGAGAUUGAGAUGAAGCAGUACGUGCUGGAAGAGUUCCUGGAUAAAAACGAUGUGACGUUAGCUUCUGCCGUCUUUGCCGCGUCCUCGCACAGCUUCCCUAUCUCCAUUAUCCAAGUCACCACAGCCCCGCAGAAGGAUGAAUACCUGCUCUGUUUCCACGAGUUUGGUGUGUUUGUGGACGCGUACGGUCGCAGGAGUAGAACAGAUGACAUCAAAUGGAGCCGUCUGCCUCUCUCAUUUGCCUACAGGGAGCCCUACCUGUUUGUGACUUACUUCAACUCUCUCGAUGUUAUUGAGAUUCAGGGGCAUUCUGCUCUCGGGCCACACUCGUACGCACACUUGGAUAUUCCAAACCCACGCUACCUUGGCCCAGCCAUCUCCUCUGGGGCCAUCUAUUUGGCCUCUUCCUACCAGAACAAACUGCGGGUCAUUUGCUGCAAAGGCAAUUUGGUGCAGAGUCAAGAAGGUGGAGGGGAUCUGCAGCGUAAUGGGUCAGGACGCAGUCCCAACAAGCGGGGGCCCCCCUCCUACAAUGAGCACAUCUCGAAGAGGCUUGCCUCCAAUCCUCUAGUCCACGGGGACCCCGGCACACCUCACCGCUACAGAGAGGCUCGCACCGAGUUUCGGCGGGACAAGUCCCCCAGCCGUCCAUUAGAAAGAGAGAAGUCUCCAGGUAGAAUGCUGGAGAGCCGGAUCGUGGGUUCUCCAGGCAGGGCCAUGGCCGACCCCCGGUUAGACUGGUCUCCAGGGAGGGCAAUGGCAGAUCCCCGCAUGGACCGCUCCCCAGGCCGAAUGAUGGACAUGCGUAGGGAGAGAUCUCCUGGACGAUUCGAGGAGCGACAAAGACUUCACACUGGCUCUGGACGCACACCUAUAAACCCUGUUAACAAGGUGUGGGACCAGUCAUCUGUUUAGGGGAUCACAGAGCUACACAACCAUCACAGACAGAGAAAUCCAUCUUUGCAAAGAGAAACAGAGGAAAAGUGAGAAUGUUACCAACUCAUGAUGAAACACUGCCACAUCUGUUCUGUCUAAACUUAAAGAUCCACUCAGAAACCCAACUGUAGUGUCCGAUAAUAAAGCAAGCUCAAGAAAGCAAAGAUCAGCUAACUGUCAUUUUAACCCCCUGAGCAGGGUUGUCUUCUCUGCCCUAAGUGGGGAUCAACAAUUAGAUCAAAUUUCUUCUUCGACCAGAAAAAUCUGAGAUGCGUUUUCAAGUUAAGACUGAGCUUGAUGGGUUUUGCUAGCUUCAGUUUCCUUGAGAAAGUAGACACUAGAAGAGAAAAGCACAGCCAUAAAAACUUUUUUUUUCAUGCCUAAAUAUUUACAAAGUAAUGGAGGCUGACCAAAAAUGGCAUUAAUAAUACAUUUUUAAAAAAGCUGGCUCUGUUUCAUAAACAACUCUGUCCACAGUAGCUGCAGCUCAGGGCAGAUGUGUAGCUGGUCACCUCUGUCUCCAGCCCCGUGGCGGCAUGUCAACCCAAUCACCAUUGGCUUGUUACAAUCAUCUCCAGCUCAGUCUCUCAGUAGCUGAUGGGACUGGAGAACAAAUAUGUGGAGUAAAAAUGAUCAAUAACUCCGCCUUUGACGAGCCGUCCUACAGAACCACACGCAAAGAUCCCUGUCUGAUACAAAAAGUGCACUACCCACAAUCCCCAGCAGCAAUGGAGCAGCAACCUUUCUAAUCCUUCAGAACACAAUCUAAGUGUAAAUAGACGAAACAUAAUUUUAUAUAUAAACUGAGAGGGAAUUUCAAGGCUGGAAAAGCCCUGUCUAUUUUUGUUAAACAACAAAGUGAUAAAGUGUCCUCUUGAAUGUCCGAUGAGUAUUCUUUUAACACGUCCACGCGUCUUGACCAUGUGAGUGAGUGUAUCUGGAUCUAACUUGUUUACGCACACCCGUUUGUCUAAAGGCAAAAACCUCAGUGCUGAACUAUAUGAAGGAAUGGAGAAAAGGGAGAUCACGUUUGAAGUUUACUACAUCGUGUUUGGGCAUUUCUUUUUGUACAGUGUCCCUUACUGUUGUAUAUAACCUGAAGAUGUUAAAGAUGAAGAUGAAAAUACCUGAAUCAUUAAAUCAGCAUGGAUUUGUAUAUCUGAAAUGAAGCAAAGUGUUGUCUUCUGCCUGAUUGGGUUAUAUUUUAAUUGCACAGGAGAACAACAAAUCACGUGAAUGAAAACCAUUUGCUGAGUGAAUUUAUGUGACAAUAAUUACUAAAUCUCCUCUUUCUUUUAUUGGCUCUCGAUUUGACCAAAUCCAUCCUAAUUUUUUAAUCUGAGAUGAAAUUUCAGGUCUUUAUUUUUUUGUGAUCAAACUAUAUAUUUUCUGAUGUCUCGCUCUAACUUACCCAACCCAUCUGUCAACAGACGUUUCUCCAAUUCAGAGAAAUGAUGUUGGACGUUAAUGCCUUCCUGAAUGUAUUAGUCAUGUAGACAGAGCUGAUUACUGGUUUAAUAAAACCUUUUUAAAAACACAAUAAAUGGCCGCACACACUCUCCGCUGUUUCUAUAGGACUCUGUACAAAAGGGUUUUAUCCAUCUUACUUGGUUUUAUUUCCAUUUUUUAGAAUGUCUUUAUGCUUUACAUAACCAUGAUGCUCUUAUGCUGGAUAUGAUAUUGAUGUCUGCUAACAAAUGUUUAAUUACCGUUCCCUGUAGAGAUUUUGUCACAGAAUAUUAAAUAUUAUAAUCACUGUCUUUCACUUA